CAGAUGAGAUGAUGCAUAAAUCUGGUUGGAAUUGCCCAGAUUUGAAUGGAAAGCCAUGCCUUUCUCCUUUUGUCUUCACCUUACUAGCCUUCAUCGUCCUGGCCGCCGUCUUCUACCACAGACAAGACAACCUGGGCGACAUUUUUUGCCUCCUAGAUUACUCCAACAAAACUGCUGCAACCACAACAACACCACAAUUCAAGACGAGGACGAAGCUGGCGUUUGCGAUCGGAGAGACGGAGAAAGAUUGCGAUGUUUUCAGCGGGAGGUGGGUGUGGGAUGAGGAGAACCGACCGUUGUACGAGGAACAUGAUUGUCCGUACCUAUGGCGGCAGGUGACGUGUCAAGGACACGGCCGCCCUGACAGGGAAUAUUUGCACUGGAGAUGGCAACCUCAUGCCUGCUCUCUUCCCAGUUUCGAUGCAACGAUGAUGCUGGAAAGCCUUCGAGGGAAGAGGAUGUUGUUUGCCGGAGAUUCCUUGAACGGAGGGCAGUAUAUUUCCAUGGUUUGUCUCCUGCAAAGAGCCAUCCCUCAUGACCAUGCCAAAUCCUUUGUAGGUAAUGAAUCACUAGCCAUUUUCACAGCUAAGGAUUACAAUGUGACAAUUGAGUUCUACUUUGCACCAUUUCUUCUGGAGGCAUCGACAAGCAGAAUUGUUCGCAAAGAUUCUAUGAAUGCCAAUGGGCAACACUGGAAAGGAUUCGACAUCAUAGUAUUCAACACUUAUGUUUGGUGGAUGACUGACGCAACUGUCAAACUCCUGCAAUCAGGAUCGUUGGAUGAUGAAAAGAAAGACAUAAUAAAAGUAUCUCCUGAAGAAGCUUAUCGAAUGGCAAUGAAAAAUAUGUUGAAAUGGGUAGAGGAGAACAUGGAUCCUAAGAAAACAAGAGUGUUCUUCACUAGCAUGUCACCUCUUCAUCCAAGGAGUAUAGAGUGGGGAGGUGAUCCAAAUGGGAACUGUUACAACGAGACAACGCCUAUAAAAGACCUUAAUUUCUGGUCGAUAACUACUAAGAAAAGCAUAAUGGAGGUGAUUAAACAAGUGUUUAGUGAGUCAAGAGUGCCCAUCACAUUUCUAAACAUCACACAACUCUCAAGUUAUAGGAAGGAUGCCCACACAUCAAUCUACAAGACACAAUGGAACCCUUUCACUGGGAAGGAUGAAAUAGCCAACCCAAAGACCACCUAUACUGAUUGCACACACUGGUGUGCCCCUGGCCUUCAAGAUACUUGGAAUGAGCUUCUAUUUGCUAAGCUUUUCUAUCCUUAAUUAGAGCUGUAAUUGUUGUCAACAAUAAUGAAAAAGAUUAA